AUGACCAUUGAAUUCCAACCCAUCGAGGUCCCAGGGGCCAGGACCUAUUAUGGCAAUGCCCUGCCGUAUGGCCUCCAUGCCAAGAGCUCCACGGGCGAAGUGCCUCCGCUCGCCGAGUCCGUAGCAGCCAUCCGCGAGUUCUCCGCGUCGGGAAGGCUUCAGGAGUUUCUGGAUCGUCACGGUGCGGUGCUCAUCCGUGGCUUUGGUCGCCCCUCUGCCGAGACUUUCUCUGCCUUGGUCACAGCGGCCGAGGAGGCCAGAGGGUUUCACCCUUUUGAGCAGAUUGGUCUGGCUGGAAAGCGAACAGCGAAAGCUGAACAUGUCUGGACAGCAAAUGAAGGAUCUUCUGCUAAGAGGUUCUAUCAACACAACGAGUAUGCCCGAUACACUCGCUUCCCAUCUACCAUUCAUUUCUACUCAGUGAAGAAGGCGCCUAAAGGUGGACUGUCACCAAUCGCCCACACGGCCAAUGUCUUCGACAAGGUUAAGGCUGAAAUCCCCGAGCUAGUUGAGGGAGUACAGAAGCGCCGACUCGCCAUGAAGAUGCUGUUCCGAGCCCCAGGAAACGAGGGAGAUGACAAUCAAUUCAACUGGGCAGGGGAGUUCAGCUUUGGCAAGGAACUUGUCCCUGGAGAUGACGAGGCUACCCAGAAGCGAAAGGUCGAGAAGCAGGUGCAAAGGCUUACUUCAGACUACAAGUGGACUGAAGAUGGCAGCAUUGAGCUGACGCAACAUAUCCCCGGGAUUCGCCGACACCCUGUUAAUGGCAGACCCCUGUGGUUUAAUGGCCUCUUAGGUCGUCACGGAACUACAAGGGACAUUGGUGCUCUUGACCCUCCAUACGUUGGACGGGACAACAUGACCUAUCUUCCUUCUGUUUAUGGUGAUGGAACACCAAUCCCGCGGGAGUAUCUGGACAAGUUGAUUGACGUCGUCGACAAGGAAGAGCUUCACUUGUCACUUGAGGAGGGUGAUAUUCUCCUCGUAGACAACUACCAGGUCUCUCACGGCAGACAGCCAUGGGAAGGGGAACGAGAGUUGCUCGUGUCUAUGUGGGAAGGCCCUACGCCUAUUGGAGCAUAUUAA